GCCAGACGUUUUUUUGUGUCUGGCUUGCGAGGCUAAUCCCCUUCCUCGACCUUCUGCUGAAAAGAUAUGAAUAAAUGUCUGCAGUGCGUAGAAACACACGUAGCAAGUCCUCCAGUUCCAAGGCAGAGAUAACCACAGACACAGAUUCGAGUCCAAGUAAGAAAAAAACACCCAGUAAACGAAAACCAUCAGAUGUACGUCGUUUCACGUUCACAUCUCCUCAAAAAAUGGACACCUCACUGUCGGAGGUCAAAGUUCAAUCAUCGAUGUCGGUGGAUGAUUUCGUAGUUGGGUGUGGAGAAGGGGUGUGGUCUAGCUACAAGGAGCUCUGUCAGCGGUUACCAGGGAGACAGUCGCAAGUGGAACUACUCCUAACAUUGUGCGGAGAGCCCUCGUCUCCUACACCCUCCCCCCUCUAUCUCUAUGGCAACACUGGAACGGGAAAGACCCUGACAAUUAAGACUGUAUUAGAUAUCCUGAAAGCUCCACACGUGUUAGUCAACUGCGUCGAGUGUUACAACUCUAAAGUUCUCUUUAGUACGAUUCUCAACAGGGCAGUGGGUGUGGUUAAUGGGAUGGAGCCAGUGGGCAAGUGUGACAGCCUGUAUGGAUUUGUGCAGGAGCUGAAACGACUGGCCAGUGAACUGUCUCAGCAGACGCUGUACAUUGUGCUGGAUAAAGCAGAGAGACUGAGGUCACUGGAGGUCACCGUCCUGUCCGCCCUGCUCAGACUUAGGGAGAUAAGUGGGUGUGAGGUGUGCGUUGUCAUGGUGAGUAUCCUCCCAUACGAGAAGCUAACCACAGACUCGUGUCCAAGUCAACUGCUCUCAGUGCACUUCCCCGACUACUCACGAGAUGAGACACUGGCGAUCAUGGCGCUGGAUCGCAACCCUCAAGAUAGCCCCGAGUUCUUUGCAACUUUCUCCAACCAUAUUUGGAACGUGUUCCAUAUUGUAUGCAGAGACUUGGCAGAACUUCGCCACCUGAGUGCAGUGUUAUAUCCCAAGUACAGUGAGCCAGUCAACAGUGGGGAAAUCAACAGUCGGGAGACAAGACGACUGUGGAAGCACAUAGAGCCAUUCUUCAAGGACGUGAUGAGCAGGAUAUAUCUGAGGGAGCUCUCCACACAGCAGGGCGAGCGAGCGCUGGCCACACCCACCGAAGGCUCCGGGAGCGUGACCGAUUACCUGGAGCUACCCUACUACUCCAAGUACCUCCUUUUCUCCUCUUUUCUAGCCUCCUAUAACCCGGCUCGUGCGGACAGAAAAUUCUUCUCAAAGACCAAACAACCCAAGACUCGGAAGUCCCAUCGACCAGCUACUAAGGAAAAGCCGAACCACCAGCUGUUGGGGCCCAAACCAUUCCCUCUCGAUCGCCUCAUGGCAAUAUUCUACAGCAUUCUGGAGGAAGACGUCCCACCAGCUGCUCAUCUGUACUCACAGGUGGCCUCUCUCGUCACACUGCAGCUGCUAGCUCAGAUCAGCACUGGCGACCCACUGGACUCACCCAAAUACAAGUGCUUGUUGACUCUGGAUCAUAUUCGGCUGGUAGCCAGGAGUGUUGGAUUUGAUAUUGUGCAGUAUCUGUAUGACUUCAACUGAUUGCUUACUGGCACACUUGUGUGUGUGUUUGUAUGUGUUGUGUUGUGUUGACAUCUAAUCACUGUGUGAUUUAUAAUAAUUGCAUACCUUAAUUAUACCUCAACGCCCACACA